UGAUCCAUUAGCUAAAAGGACACUUUCCAGUCAAUUACAGUGGGAUAUGUUCCAUUGUUUUCCAAAUUCCGUUAAACAAUUUAUAAUCAUUGAUUAUAAUACAUAAAGCAAUUUAGACACAACGGUCUAUUAAAGUCGGGCUAAUGGCAGUUUUUUUAGACUUUGCAAACUAUCAAUUCGAUGCUGGUCAAGUUUGUGGUACAUACUUAGGAAAAAGACAUGUGAAUAGUUUCAAAAAGACAUGUGAAAUUUCCAAUUGAAUCCUCCAUUUGAUAAGUUCAUCGAAAAUUAACUAUUCCGAAAAUGACAUGGGAAGCCGGCAUCUAAGGAAACAAGUGAUUCUCUCUUUUUCAUGGUCCUUGUUGAAGGUUGAGAACGUCAACCGAUACUCAAAGAUUUAGGAUUCUAUCAAGUAGAAUUCGCUAGGAACAAGUGUUGAGCGAAACUAGAUAAAAAAACUUUUAUCCUCAUUUAUAUAAUUUUAUUUUAAUUAAAAAAAGGAGUUUCUCACAAAGUGGAAAUAAUGAAUUGAUUUUGUUAAAGGAUGGGUAUUUCACAAAGGCACCAAAAUAAAAUUGUACAAUCCAUUGUACCUACUCAAAGUAUUGCAAGUCGUCAAAGAGUGCACCAAUCACCAUUAAACCAUAUUUUGGUAGAAUCGUGCCUAACCAUCAAUAGUUGAGGUAUUACACGAAAGGUCCCACGAAUUUUAUCACCGAUUGAUUGUCAAACGAGUACGAGUGCUGAUUAGUUAAGUCUCCGGCCCAAAUUCCGUUUCCCACCACCACGAUUAAAGAUAUUCUAGUGGAUCCUUCAGGCUUUUGAAAAUCCAUCACGUAGUCUCUUGCAAUUGGCACACCAUUUGAACUUAGCAAUUUGUUUUUCUAGCUUCGAACACUACUCAUUUUCUUUUUGAUUUGUCUUAUCUACUGAUUCGGUCUGCUCUUAUCUUAAGUUAUAAAACAACUUUAUCUUGUAUUCCUUGUUGUACGUUAAGUCUUGUAUUUCUUCUAACAUUUUGUAUACAUAUUUUAUACCCUUUUGUCAAAUGUUUUCUCUUACUCUUUUUAAUCUUAGGGAGUAAAGUUUCAGUUCAUCUUGUUUCUUUUUGUCGGCAGCAUCUUGUUUGAACCCUACAUUUUGUUUUGUAACUUUGAGCUGUAACGUUUUCUCUCUAUCAUGUGUUCUUUGUAUAUAAAUCUUAAGCUUUAAAUUUUACUCAUUACUUUUAGUUUUAGAUUGUAAAGUUUUACAUUUAUCUUUUGUUCUUUGGUUUUAUAUCCUAUGGUUUAGAUUUUACUCAUUUCUAAGCUUAGAUUGUAAAGUUUUUAUGUUUAUCUUGUUGUCCUCUUUUUUUUCUAUAUAAAAAGUGUGCUUUAGUUUAAGAUAGCAUCUUGUACGUAUUUUAAUCUCUCGUAUGGGUCCGAGAUGUUUGAGGGCUGAUGCUGCAAGUCCAGACGGAUUCCAACUAUUACCACCACCUAACCUCUCCCAUUCACAUAUCUUGCUUCUUACUUUCCCUUUCCACCAUCUCUCUUUCUCUUUUGCCUCUCUAAAAAAAAAACAACAAACAGAAAAAGUGGACGAUGCAAGAACUUCCAGAUUGCUUGUACGAGGGAAAUCAACCAGCCCUAAUCACUCCUUCAUCCCCCACACCAAAUCACUCUCUCUACCUUUCCAACCUAGACGACCAUCAUUUUCUCAGAUUCUCUAUCAAGUACCUCUACCUUUUCCAAAAGUCUCCUUCCUCUCAAACCCUCAAAGAUUCUCUGUCUAGGGUUUUAGUCGAUUACUACCCACUCGCUGGCCGGAUCAAAGUCUCUGACGUCAGUGCCAAGCUCGAGGUUGACUGUAAUGGGGAAGGUGCAGUUUUCGCGGAAGCCUUCAUGGAUAUAACUUGUCAAGAGUUUCUUGAACAUUCACCCAAGCCAAACAAGUCUUGGAGGAAGCUCUUGUUUAAGGUUCAAGCACCUAGUUUCUUGGAGAUUCCUCCUCUUGUCAUACAGGUGACGCAUCUCCGUUGCGGGGGUAUGAUCCUCUGCACCGCGAUCAAUCAUUGCCUUUGUGACGGCAUCGGCACAUCGCAGUUCCUACAUGCAUGGGCCCAUGCAAAUAACACCAAUGCUUCUCUUCUGGUCCAACCGUUCCAUUCUCGACACAUGUUAGACCCACGAGAUCCACCGCGUGUCACACACUCACAUCCCGGUUUCACCCGAACCACCGUAGAAAAAACCUCAACCAACUUCAACAUCUGCAAGUAUUUACAGUCCCAACCGCUAGCUCCCACCACCCUAACCUUCACACCAUCCCUAAUCCUAAGGUUAAAGAAAACAUGCGCUCCCUCGCUAAAAUGCACCACGUUCGAGGCACUAGCUGCUCACACGUGGUGCUCUUGGGCUCGAUCUCUUGACUUGCCGUUGACCAUGCAAGUCAAACUUUUAUUCUCAGUCAAUAUGAGGAAGAAGCUGAGUCCAGAACUUCCUCAAGGGUAUUAUGGUAAUGGAUUCGUGCUGGCUUGUGCGGAGAGCAAGGUUCAAGACCUAGUCAGUGGUAACAUUUACCACGCGGUGAAAUUAGUACAGGACGCGAAAGCGAGGAUCACCGACGGAUAUGUAAGAUCAACGAUAGAUUUACUGGAGGAUAAAACAGUAAAAACGGACGUCUCAUGCAGUUUGGUUAUCUCGCAAUGGGCGAAGUUAGGAUUAGAGGAGUUGGACUUUGGAGGAGGAAAGCCAAUGUAUACGGGUUCUUUGACGAGUGACAUCUACUGUUUAUUUCUGCCGGUGGCAGGAAACUUAGAUGCGAUUAAGGUUCAGGUGUCGUUGCCGGAGGAUGUUGUGAAGAGGCUAGAGUAUUAUAUGGUUAAGUUUUUAGACGGAAAAGACAAGGAGGAAGACCAUUCUCUUGCAUAAUAAAGUUUUGAAAGAAAAAAAUAAUUUCAGCGAUCUAUAUCUCCUAUAAAGUAAGUCGUGAGAGAUAAAAACAUUAAUCAAUGGUUUCGAUGAGAAAGAAAGUCCUUCGCGUGUCGGGUUUUCAAGUGAUCUAAGUUUGUCUUUGUUCACUGGAAUAAUUAUUAUCUUGUUUGUAGAAGAUGAAACCAUAUAAGUAAUAAGUAAAAGAGUUUAAAAUUCAUAUAUAAAAGAGUUUAAGCAAAAAUCAUGUUGGUGAUAUUUCUGGGAGUUAAGAGUGAUAGAUAAUCAAGAAGAUUUGAUCAGUUUUGAACAAUGUUCUAAAAAUCGCUAGUCGGUAACUAGGCGCUUUAUAGAGGACUAGCGACUAUGCCGAUUAUUCGGGGUCAAGAUGAGGCCUAGGCGUUAGCAAAUUAUGGAUUUAUUUUAUAUAUUUUAUAUAUUUAUAUGACAUAUUUUAGUUUUUAAGUUUAAUUAUAAAAUUAUUGAGAUGAAUUAUCAAAAUUAGAUAUACAACACAGAAGAAAGUAGACAAAUUUGUAGAUUAGUAAUAAUAUUAUUGCUUAAUUUAGCAUAUAUAGACGAUUUUAGAUCGAUUUUAACCAAUUUUAACCGAUUUAGAACAGUUUAAACCGAUUUGAAUCAUAUAAAUCAGUAUAAAUCAAAUUUUAAGAAAAUCGUUUCGGAUAGAACCGAGUUGCCGCCUAGACCGAUUUUUAGAACCAUGGUCUUGAAUUAAAAAAUAAAAUAGCAUAACAAUUUAUAGACAAAGAUAAUAUAUUGUUAACAUUGUCAAUAUACAAUUUCAUCUUAUUAUAUUAACAUAAAAUUAUAGAUGUAUCAUUAUUAUUUGAUUUUCAACAAAUAAUUUUAUUUUUAUAAAAAUAAAAAUAAACAUCCUAUAUUGGAAGAAAAUAUUUUGUAAAAUCCUUGAAACAUACAUUAUCAAGAAAUAUAUAUAUAUAUAUCCACAUAACUUUUAAAAUUCUCAAAUUCUUUACAAAUCAAUCCUCCCUAAAAGAAUUGCCAUCGACUAUUUAUACACUCUUUGAAUUGCCAAUUAUAAAUCCAAGCCCAUAUCCAUUAUCCACCAUAUUUAAAAAUCUGGCCCAUAUGCUUUGGAAACAAACGAUAUUUUUGUAUAUUUACUAUUUUUUAGGUAUGAAAUCGCUUCACCGCAUCAUUAAGAUAUUUUUCUGGAAUUAAGGUGAACAGCAAAAAAGCAGCAAGAGAAAAAUUCAAGUUUCGAAAAAAAAAAAGUUUUCCCUCACCAAACAAACACACAAACGUUGGAUAUUCGUGUAAGAGCUUGUCUUGUGGAUUAAAAGGUUGAAGCUUUUUUUGCUGGGUUAUAAUGGGAGAGGAGCAGCAUCCGAGAAAGAGAUCUCGACAGCAUUUUGAAGCAGAGGAGACCAGACACAUAUCUCUACUAAAGUCUCCUCGAUGCGAAACGGCUAAGUGGUAUUUCAGCAAGGAAGAGAUUGAGCGUUUCUCUCCUUCUAGGAAAGAUGGGAUUGAUCUAGCCAAGGAGUCGUUUUUACGCUCUUCCUAUUGCACUUUCAUUCAAAGACUCGGCAUGAAGCUUCAUGUCUAAAGAGGGUGCGUUAUGAAUGACAAUGGAUAGCCUAACUGUUGAGUUUUGUCAUAGGGGCCACUGUGGGAGGUGGUCUGGAGGUUCUCCUACUAUAAGUUUGUCUACAUUUUUAUCUCGUGAAUGGAUAAUUAUGUAAUACUAGU